AUGGAGUACGGAAGAGAGAGAGUUGUGGCGCUGGUGGACAUGGAUUGCUUCUACGUACAAGUGGAGCAGAGGCUUAAUCCGGCUCUGAGGAACAAGCCUUGUGUGGUAGCCCAGUACAAGACAUGGAAGGGAGGCGGCAUCAUAGCUGUGAGUUACGAGGCCAGGGCCCACGGUGUCACCAGGAACAUGUGGGCAGACGAUGCAAAGAAACUGUGUCCAGAUCUUCAGGUUGCCCGUGUGCGGGAGUCUCAUGGCAAGGCAGACCUUACACAUUAUAGGGAGGCCAGUGUGGAGGUGAUUGAGGUGAUGUCUCGCUUUGCUGUGAUUGAGAGAGCCAGCAUUGAUGAAGCCUACAUGGAUCUGACUGCUGCAGUCCAGCAGCGGCUUAAGAGCACUAACUUCAAACCGAUGGAGCCUCACCUAUUAAAGACAACUUACAUUCAGGGUUACCCACAAGAGCCCACUGAACAACAAGAGUUUGCAGACCAGGCUUGCUUGGAUAAAGAGGAGGUCAGGUCCAAGGGUAUGCAGCAGUGGCUGGCAUCAUUACCUGUCUCUCUGUCAGGAGGACAGCACUCUGCAGAUGUGCAGCUUGCUGUCGGGGCACUGAUUGUGGAGGAGAUGAGAGCAGCUGUGGAGCAGCACACGGGCUUUCGCUGUUCAGCAGGGAUCUCGCACAAUAAGGUAUUGGCUAAACUAGCCUGUGGUCUGAACAAGCCUAACCGACAAACUGUUUUGCCUUUGGACUCUGUGACAGAGCUCUUCAACACUUUACCUAUAAGCAAGAUACGUAACCUGGGAGGCAAGCUAGGAGCCUCCAUCGCAGAGACCCUGGGGGUAGGGAACAUGGGCGAGCUCACUUGCUUUUCUCAGGCCCAGCUGGGACAGCACUUUGGAGACAAAACGGGUCAGUGGCUGUAUGACUUGUGUCGGGGGAUCGAGUUUGAAGCGGUGAAACCCAGACAACUUCCUAAGUCCAUCGGCUGCAGCAAGAAUUUUCCUGGAAAGACAUCACUUGCUACUAAAGAGCAGGUACAACACUGGCUCAAUCAGCUUGCCCUUGAGCUGGAGGAGAGACUGACCAAAGACAGAGAAAUGAACGGUCGGGUGGCUAAGCUGUUGACAGUUGGUGUUCGUCAACUCGGAGACAAGAGACAGAGCAGUUUCUCCCGCUGUUGUGCCUUAGUACGCUACGAUGCCACCAAAAUAUCCAGUGACAGCUUUGCCAUCAUUAAGAGUCUCAACGCAGCAGGAAACCAUCAGGCAGCAUGGAGUCCACCCCUCACCCUGCUCCACCUCUCUGCUAGCAAAUUCAGUGACACUGCCUCAGCUGGAGGAAUUGCCAGCUUCCUUUCCAGUGACGUCACUUCCACCCAGAGUCUUUUACCUUCCACUCAGUCUCCCAGGAAGUCAUCGUCUGGACUGAAAAAUAACUCUAUGUCCAAACAGCCUAGCACCAUCCAGUCUCUCUUUCAAAAUGCAGCUGAGAAACAAAAACAGAAGGUUUCAGAAGGAGUGCAAACCGUACAGGAGCAAGCUGAAGAUGAAGAUGCAAAUUAUGGAAGCUCCAGAACAUCUUUGCCAUCCUGUUCUUUUCACACUGUGUUAACCUCUGCAGAUGAAAAUCAAUUUGAGACUGCCCCCGCCAGCAUUGUCUGUCUAACAAAAAAUUCCUGUCAUCAUAAUUCUACAACGAACAGCUCAACUGCUUCUUAUUCUGGCAUUUCCUCUUUCUUUCAAAGGAAGAGUAUUGAAAGAAGCUCACAGCUCUCCACCUCAGUCUCGACUAGGUCAGAAAUGGGAAGUGGAAGUGAGGAUGUGACAAUGGGAAAUGUUCAAAUCACUGUGAGACAUAGCUCAUUUGACAUUGCCUCAGAUAUUCAGGCAAGAGAACAUUGUGAUGUGAAACAAAAUUCUUCUCCUCAUCACUCUCAAUUUGAAGAGGUGAGGGAAGACCUGGGCCUCCUUCUCCAAAAGGAGACACAGUCCUGGAGAGCAGAUUCUCCUUGCCCCUAUCCUUGUCCUCCUCAUGAACCCUCCCAGCAUCCUCUCAGCCAUGCCAGAGAAGACCUGAUCACCUGCGAACGUUGUGGCCAGGAUGUGCUGGCCUGGGAAAUGCCUGAGCACAAUGACUACCACUUUGCCCUGGACCUUCAGAACUCCUUAUCCUCUACUCCCACAAGCACCACAUCUGUCUCGCUCUCUAAAAACUCCAUAUCCUCCGCUGUCCCUCUCAGAGUUGGAGGACCAUGCACCAUCCAGUCAUCCUGGGGAAAGACAAAGCCCAGGGGCCAGUCAGGACCACAGGCUAAACGCUCUCGAUCUCAGGGGAAAAGAACAGGAACUUUAGAUUCUUUCUUUAAGAGGACAUGAGGAUUAACAAUGCAAAAGUAUAGUAAUGUUCACUUUUAUAGAAUUUAAAGUUCAAUUUCCUGUAAAUGCAAAUGUAUCACAAUAUGUACUUGUUGAAUGGGGAAUACGUGAUUUUUAAAAUUGCUGGAACAGAGGAAA